CAGAUGGGCGGGGCUCGCUAAACACCGAGACCUUAAUUAACAAUGCAUGAGCAGAAGUUCAUUAUAAUAUUAAAACUCCUCCAUACAAGUACAUAGCUAUAGAACUAAGUACUUUCACAAAGAUGGAGAGGUCCCUAGCACUGAACAUUGGCCUACUCGGAGAUAGUGGAGUGGGGAGGACAGUUUUUCUCUGUCGAUGGGAAGGCGACUACUUUAACUGGACAGGACAUGUCCCUAGGUACGAUUACCAGGGCAACAGGACUCAUGAGAUAAACGGAAAACAAGUCAACGUGUGCUUAUUGGAAGGAGAUCUACAGUUCUACCUACCUAUGUCUUCUGUUCUCCUUGUUUCAUUUUGCGUCAAAUCUCCAAUUUCAUUUGCAAACAUCAAAGAGAAGUGGAUACCUGAAGUUCGUCAUCGUUGUCCGAACACACCUGUGCUGCUAGUGGGGCUCCAGUGUGACCUCUUUAACUCUGAGAGGCAUGUGUUUACCCCUGAGAUUGAGAUCAAUGGUGACUACCCUGUCCCCCGCGAAGAUGCUCUGCAACUGGCGAAAGAUAUUGGAGCGGUGGGUUACUAUGAGACAAGUGCCUUCACAGGAGCUGGUGUGAUGGAGGCAAUGGACGUUUGUGUGAGGGUGGGGCUAACAAGGGCAGGCAUUUCCCUUACAUGUAAGGAGGAGAGGAGACGUAGAUUCGUACUACCAUGGAAACGGCGCUCUCAAUCAUCUGAUCAAUCAUCUGAUCAAUCAUCCGACCAAUUAUUUUACACAAAUGCCAAUGGUCCUCUGAUUCCUCCACCUCCUAAACCACCCGCCAAUAAAGAUAUAAAAAUCCAAACUUCAACGUUUAACGCUGAGUGGGUAAAAACGAUAAACAACCCGUCUCAUUCGGACGUAGUCUUCAGACUGGAGGGCAAGACGUAUCAUGCCCAUCGCUAUGUACUGGCAUCUGCCUCAGAUCUGUUUAGACAGCUGCUCGGGGUGACUAAGAAAGUUAAGAUUGACAAGCUGUGUGAUGGGUGGGACAAGGCACGACUAAAGAAGGUUACUAGGAAGACUAUCAACUCAGGGCAGCUGGAGGGAAUGCUCCACAUUGAAGAAAGACCUGACUCGGACGGUAAACAGGUGACAGAGAUGACCUUUGACCCCUCCGUGGUGACAGAGCUGGCGCUAUCUCGUGCCCUAACGUUCCUCUACACUGGAGUGGUGGAACUAGACAAAGAGAGCGAAGGUUUCGGCGAAACAAUCAAGAUUUCUCAGCUGCUGAAUUUGCCCGAGUUGGAGCUCAUGUGUGAGAAUGCUCGUAAAGGGGAGGAGUCUCUGAAUAAGAAAAUUGCAACGUGGGUGAACAAUCGAAAUUCCCACGUCGAAAAACACUUAUUUUUCAACAAGAGAUUGUUCUCUGACGUGUGUUUCCUGGUGGAGGGUGUGGUUGUCCCCGCCCAUCGACUAGUACUGACCACACGAUGUGAGGUCAUGUCGAUCAUGUUGUCUGGAGCCUUCCAAGAGAGCACAGCUAACAAGAUAUCCAUCCCUGAUAUCUCAUUGGACCCGUUUCUGAUUUUCCUAGAGUACCUGUACACUGACGACAUCCCCUAUAUGAAAAACUACAUAGGAAUAUUGGAGCUGGCCAACAGGUACCUGAUGAGUCGGCUCGUAUCACUCUGUGAAUACCGCAUCUCCUGGGACGUUGAGAGGGCCACUAAAAAUUCUAUUUCAAAGGCAGACGUCGACAUCAUUAUAGGACUCCUGCUCUCCUCACAGCUGCACAACGCGUCUCAGCUCAGCACUUUGUGCCUCCACGUCAUUUCAAGCAAUUACGGUGAUUUUGAGAGAAGCGAACAAUUCCUGCAAUUGGACCAAGACAACCUCUCUUAUGUGGAGGAGCAUCGAUGGCCACCACUGUGUUACAAGACCAUUAUGAACGAGUAUAGAGCCAAGUACCGCGAUACUGAGACUGAGGGGGAGGAGUCAGGUGACCCCUCCACCACUACAGAUGACCCCCCCAGGACAUCGGACAAUGGAGCAGCUGUCCAGAGCCACAAGAGACGAGGACUCUCCCGACUGUUUAAGCAGAUCAAAUAGACUGAAACGGUCGCUCCGCAUAUUUGUGCAUGUUAGCAUACACUCUAAUUUGUGUUAAUUUCAUAAUUAAUUUUUUUUUAUAUCACUCCUUUUUGAUAUCAAAUUUUUCUUGCAUUGAG